AGGUAUGAGGAGUUGUCCAUCAAAUGGGACCAAGCGCGAGAAGAGGUGCGUCUGGAAGACCAUGAAGUGCUACGGGAAAAGGUAUCCCUGCAGCAAGAACUAAUACGCAAACAAGACGAGUAUGCCGAAAGCAAGCGUCAGCAGCAGAAAAAGGCUGAUGAUGAGAAACGCGAGUCAGAGCGUGCCAAAAAACAAGCAAAACAAGAAGAACUACAGCAAAUCUGCAAGCAAUCUUUAGAGGAAGACAAGAAGGCAAGUCGUGAAGAGAAACAAGCUGGAAAGUCAAGGUCAAAGAAUGGGCUUUCAACCCUAUCCUCUGCCACUUCCACAGUGCCGUCAUCACCAUCUAAAUCUCCGACGACACCAACAACACCUGGGGGUCGACGUAGCAACCCAUUUAAGAUGACACUACCAGCUGUUGCACCUACACCUGAUAUCCCUGACUCGGAUGGUGAAGAUGAUGAAGAGGAAAGGGAAUCAACUCCUGUUAAAGCCCUACCAUGGCAUGAACAACAGCUUUACAAACUUUAUGGAAAGAAGGCAGAUUAUUUUCUCCAUCCGAAGAUUGAAAACAAAUUACAAGAGAAGAAAACAAAUCCAAAGCUCCGUAGACAGGGAGACAUGAGUAAUUGGGUGGAUAAGCUGUUUGACCAUUACUGGCAGGAAUAUGAAGAUGGUCGGGCCGGGGCUGAGACUUUGUGGCAAACGCUACGGUAUGACUCAAACCAGAGACUGUUGAAGGAGGAUAACAUGAUACCCGAAGAUUUAAAGCUCCCAGAAAUGCCCCGGUUACUUGAUAACAGGAAAGUGCAAAGAGUGCGGAAGAUGAGGCACAAGUCGGAUUUGAUGUACCGAGCCUCGGUGUCGAACCAGGACAGGACUGAGGUGUUGACAUUCAAUAAUCCCUUACCAGAGUUUCACGAGAGAUGUGAGGGAAUCGACCUGUACUUACCUUCCUGGCAAGAUGAUAUGUAUUCUGACAGUACAAUACCUGACUAUGCUAAAUGGCUUCAAACAAGAGGUAGAGUGGCACAUGAAAACACAAUACAAGAAGAGGGAUUUGAAGAAGGAGAUGGGAAACAACCACAAGUGACGCAAUCGCUCGAUGAUGACAUGGUUUACAUGAUGUCACGUCACCAGAAACCACAACAGAAACAGAAAUAUUUAUUCUUAUCAGAGAAAGAUACCACUGUUAAAGGCAUGUUUUCUGAGAAAUACAAAGGAGAAAGAGAAAAUAAAGAUAUUCCUCGACCCUACCAGGGUGAUGUACCAAAAUCUUACUCUGCCCUUGGUGGGAUGAUAUCUGCCACACCUGAUAUACCGAGAUCUGAUGAUUCUAUGUUACGUUACUCGGCACCUCUACCCACACGCAACCAACAAAUGAACACAUAUACCAGCAGUUGGCAGCCUUUGAGCAUGCAUGCUCUUGUUGAGUACAAAAAACAGGUCUCGACAGGUGGCGAGGGAGAUUUCAACCUAGGACGUAUGAAGAUGUGGUCGCAUAUACCAGUUGUAUAGAUAAAGGGCAGUUAACUCUGCAUGGAUAUGAAAUAUUAGGCUGUCCUUCUCAGCUGUACAUAUAAAUUAUGGCUCAUCAGAAAUUCAUAAAUAUCACACACUAUGCGACAACAUUGAUAUAUACAAGAAAUUUUAUGAAAAUCAUGAACAUUUAUUGUAAGUUUCUUUUACAAGAGAACAAUUAACUUGUUUAAUCCUGCUGAAUAUUAAGACUUUUAUGUACAAGCAUAUAGUUAUAAUGAAAUAUGUAUAUCAUAUUUCUUCUAAUAUAAGCUCCCCCCCCAUCCACACUAAUUGCUUGUUUGUUAAUGGCACUCUCUGAUUUAAAUAUGAUAGGCUGUAAUAAAAGACUGUUAAUGUAAUAUCAUUUUUAUCUAUCAAUCCUAUGUAGAUUUUGCCCUUGAUUAUUAUGGCAUUGAUAGGAUAGUUUUAAAUAAUGAAAGUUUGGUCUCAAAUUAAACCACCCAAAUGGUCCCAGGGGUUUAUAUAAGAAGUAAUAUUUAUAUUGUAAUCAUACACAAAUUUUAGAGAGUACAGUGCAAAAUUGACAUAUUGUUUUACAAGUUAAAAAGCAAUAACAAUAAAUAUUUAAAACUAGGCAAGAAUUUCAUUUCUUAAAGAAGCUUAAUUUUUUUUGGCUGUGGUAAAAUACAAGUUUUUUUCCUGUAAAAUAUUAAAAUUGAUUCAUAGAAUUUGCAUUUCGAGAUUUCUGUUCAUGUAAUUUUAUCAUCUGUUGAAGUUAUAACCUAAUUUUCUUUGUUGUUUUAAAAAAAUUAUUGACUUGUAUAAUAUGUUUAUGUCUUGAAAACCAGAAUGUGCUAUGAUUUUAUUUUUGUUCAUGUUAAUCACCAUAAUUAACAUGUUAAUUGUUGCAAUUUUGUUAAUGGGUUGAUGUUUUUUGUGUUGGGAAUUUUUUUAGUACUUUUUCUAGUUUCGGCAAUAUUUUUACAAAUGAUUUUUAAAAUUAUUGUUAAUUUUUAGAAAUAAAUUAUUUGGCCAAAGUUUUAAUGAGACUUGAAGAUUGCAUUUUAAGAAUUUCUGAAAUUUAUGAAUAUUUCACACAUAGUAAACUUCUGUACAAAAAUAAUUUGUACUUAAAGGGAGGUUAUAAAGAAAGGGUAAAACUAUAUAUCUGAUUAAAACUGAUAUCUGUGAUAAGAGUUGUAUAUUUGUUAAUCAACAUAAUUAUAGUUAUAAUGUAGGAACUUAGUUUUUAACCUUAUUCUUUUGCCUUUAUAAGAAUUGUAUCCUAUUUUACACAAAUACCUAUUUAUACAUAGCUUUUAUAUGUGUACAUUUCCUAUGCUUUCCCACUUGAAACUUUAUUUCCCAGCCUGCCAAUUACUCCAUGUGCUCUUUUUUGUUUUAAGUUUUUGUUUGUUUAUAUGUCGAUUUUUUCCCCAUGCAUUUUCAUAUAUUUAUAUAUUUCCAGCUCUCCUUUUCUUUUGUUUGUUUGUAAGCUUUUAUAAAUACAUUUAUAUAAUAUCAUGUAAAAACGCUAAGGAUUGACAGUUUGUAUGUAAAAGAUGUCAAAUUUUGACCAAGUUAUGCUAUAUUUUCAUGCUAGAAUAUUUUGGCUUCUAACAACCAACUAAGAGACAAAGCAUAAUUGUUAGGAGAUAAUUUUUACAGUUUAUCAAAUUUAGAAAUAUAAAUUGAAGAAAAACACAGAAACUAAGAUUUCUAUACAUUGAUGACUUUAAUUAACCCUUCCACUGCCCACAAUCAUUGCAUUAUUGCAAGUGUAAUUCUUUAAAAGUUAAAUUUUUUAAAAGAUUUCAUUAAAAAUAUAGAAAAAAGUAUUACAGUUACAAUUUUUACACUCAUAAUGCAAAAUGUUUAUUAUUUUUUUGUGGAAGAAGAAGGGCAAAGAAAAAAGUGAAAUGAUUUAAAUAAUGGUCUCCACCUUUUAAUAAAAGUCACCAAAAUAUUUAUAAAUCGUAGCUUUUUUAAUAAUCAAUGACAGGUUUAUAUGUCAGAAUGCCAACAGAAUAUACUGAGAUUUAAAUGUGGAAACCUGUGUUGGAGCCAGCAGACAGGUUAAUCUGUUAAAUCUUGUUCUGAAAAUUUUAAGUCAUCAGACAUACAGACUUUUUAAUAUAAACAAUGAUAUCAAUAAUUUACGGUCAGUAUUUGACACAGGAAAGAAGACUUAGUACUCCGUCCAUAUCACAUGACUUGUGAUACUUGUCACUGAUUGGUUGGUGCUAUGGUAACUAACCACCACUGUUUGUAACCAUGGUAAAUAUAUUGUACAUGUGUCCUUCACCCUAUCGCUGCCAAAUCUGUGAUAUAAUAAAAAAAUCUAUCAGAUAA